AAUAGAAGAACGAUUCAAUGAGGCUGACAUUGGAGGUAAAGUUACCAUUAAGCAGAAGUUACUUGACAUUACUUGUCCUACAUUGACAUCAAUGGUCCCUCCAUUAGAUAAAGUCAAGACAAAGGGUGCAAAAAAAAAGAAAAGUUCAACGAAUAGAAAGGUCUACUACGCGGGAUCCAUCAUAUUUUGAGUAUGUCGACGCCUUUCAUUCAACCAUGGAAUCUNCAUCUGUGAAAAGUAAAUUACAAACAAAGCUAAAUGUAGUGAAGAAAAAAAAAGUUGUAAUGAUAGACCAGUUUGAUUCUAUUACUCACCCCUUCAUUGUGGACGUUGUUGAUGUUGUAGCUUAUGGUAACUGUGGAUAUAGAUGCAUUGCUACAUUGUUAGGACUGGGAGAAGAUUCAUGGCCCGUUAUUAGAAAUGAUUUGUAUAAAGAACUCAGUAAUUGGCGUGAUGAAUACGGAAGACUAGUAGGAGGCACUGAUGUAGUAGACAAACUGAAACAGUCUUUGUUGGUGGAGCAGCCACAGUCGACGGCUAACAGGAACAAGUGGAUGACAUUACCAGACAUUGGUUAUGCAAUUGCUAACCGNUAUAAUGUCAUUUUAGUGUGUAUGUCAUCCUCUCAAAAUUAUACUAUCUUCCCACUACGUUCCACACCACCUUCUGAUAUUACUCAACAUCGCUUAAUUUGUAUAGGACAUGUUCAUGGAUGUCAUUUCGUGCAGGUAAUUUUAUUAAUUUGUGAUUUCAUUUGAAAA